AUGGGCACCGCAACAAUAUGGUUCGUUCAAAGGGUCGCCAGAUAUGACGAGCUAUCUUCGAUAUGGAUGAUUAUGGGAGUAACUAUAUGCGUGGCCUUGGUGUAUACUCUCUGGACUGUUGUCUACAACCUUUACCUCAAUCCACUUAAGCAAGUACCUGGUCCUUUUCUGUGGUCUAUCUCGUCUACACCACUUUUCCUGGCAUCCGUUUCUGAUACGCCACAUAAACAAAUCCUCGCGUUACAUCAGAAGUAUGGCGGGGUCGUCCGCACAAGUCCAAACUCCGUGUCAUGUCUCCACGCAACAGCAUGGAAGGAGGUUUACGGACACCGUAAGCCCGGUCAGCCGGAAAACCUCAAGCAUCCAGGCUUCGUGGCUGAAGUCGCAUCAGGCAUCAUCGGGGCCGACACAAAAACUCAUACAUACCAACGUCAACUGAUAGCCCCAGGAUUCUCGGCCCAGGGGAUGCAGCGUCAAGAGCACAUUAUUCAGCACCAUGUCAACAACCUCUUCAGCUGCUUUGAAGAACACUAUGCUAAGGGAAGACCCCUCGAUCUGGCCAAGUGGUUCAACUAUUUCUCGUUUGACAUCAUUGGCGAUCUCAGCUUCGGCGAGUCCUUUGGGAACCUGGAGCGGGGAGACUUCCACCCGUGGAUUGCGACGAUCUUAGAGUUCUUCGUUGCGCAGCAUGAUAUGGCGCAUUUUCGGCGGGCAUAUCCGUUGUUGGAGGCGAUGGUGGGCCCUCUUGUUAAGGUCCUUGCUGCGAAGAUCAUCCUGAAGCAUAACACGUUCAUGCGUACCCAGGUCGCGAAACGUUUGGCUUUGGAGCCUACUCGACCAGACUUCAUUGAUGGUAUGAAGUCUGAUCAUGCUAAGGGGAAAGAAGGCCUUUCCUUUGAAGCAAUCUGUCAUAACGCGAGCAUCUUCGUCGUGGCUGGAUCGGAAACGACUGCACUCGCACUUACCGGCGCGACUUACCUACUCUGCACCCAUCCAGAGGUGCUCACCAAGCUCAAAGAAGAGAUUGACUCAUCUUUUGAUAGUGAACAACAGAUCACUCUUCUCAGCGCGCAGCGACUCAAGUAUCUUACAGCCGUCAUAGAUGAGACCCUGCGUAUCUACCCAGCCGCUGUAGGCUCCGUGCCGCGACUGAUCCAACGCCAUGGCGAGGUCGUUGGUGGACACUUCCUUCCCGGAGGAACAUGCGUGGAUAUAUGGCAUUGGGCAAUGUAUCAUAACCCAGCUAACUUCACCGAGCCAGAGGUUUUUGCUCCUGAACGAUGGCUUGGAGACCCUCGCUUUGAAGGCGAUAAGAAAGUGGCGUUUCAGCCCUUCUCAACAGGAAAACGCAGCUGUAUUGGUCAGAAUCUUGCGCAUUCUGAGAUAAAGCAGAUCAUGGCCCGGCUGCUGUGGAAGUACGAUAUUGAGCUCGUAGAUCGCGAGUGGUACGACAAGCCAUGGCAUGAUCAACCCGUGCGCGCUUCUUACGUGCACCCGCCGUUGAAUGUUAGAUUUAGUCUUAGAACAGAGCAGUUGAGAUAG